AUGGGACUCAAGAGAAAGCCCCCAACCCCACUACUCGAACUCCUCGAAGGUCAACCUGGGAAGGAUAUGCAGGGAACGCCACAACCCAAGGCUCCUUCCCCACCAUCUCAGCCUCAGAUUGUCCAGACUAGAUCAUCUUCCACCAAGUCACAGCCACAAUCCCCUCGCCCCAAACUUCCUGCUUCCUCCCAACCAUCUCUACCUCCUCGGCCGGAAGGCACUGACUCAAAGAGAAAGAGGAGCUCCAAGGGCAAGGAAACCAUGGACGGGGGAAAAUCCCAACCUUCUAAGGAGAAGGAGGAGGCUCCGCGUAUAAAAAAACUGAAGAUUGGGCACCAAAGCAAGGGCAAAGAAACUGAAGUCCAAACCUCUCAAGGCAAGGGAAAGGGGAUCGAGGCCCAGUCCUUGCCAAGCGCCUGGCUUCCUGCCCCAAUGCUUCACGGGGGUCCACUGUUGGAAACUGCUCUCCAGGCCACUUAUAGGAUAGAGGAAGAGGUGAAUAAUAAGAGUAAGGUGGCCGAGAAUGAACGCAUCAAGCGCAUAACGGCCGCGAAGACUCUCCAAGCCUCUGAGGAUGAACUCGCCAAGGCCAAGGCUGACCUAACAGCUGCUAUCCCUGAAAGGGAUAGCGCCUCGGCGGGCCUAGCUAGCGCCCAAAAACAGGCCGAGGACCAAACCAAACGUCUACUUGAAGCCGAAGAUCAGUUGCAAAUAGCUAAAGAUAUGAUCGAGGGUUUAAGUAAAAAGCUGGCCGCGGUCGAGUAUGACAAACGUGUGGCGGAGUAUGCCCGUGACGAAGCCAAAAGGGUCAAGCGGGAGGCCGAAUUUGCCAGAAAGGAGGCUGAGGUUUGGGAAGAGGCAUUGAGGCGAGCUGGGGUGAAUGCUUCAUCCGACUUGUGGAAAGCGGAGAACAUAUUCUACCCUACAGCCAUCCGUGAGGCCACCUCCUCCAGCUCCGUGGCUAUGAGCGACCAACCCGAGGAAGAGGUCACCCAGUCGGAAAACUUACAGGUCGGCGGCACUCCUGGCAAGACGCUCAAAGAGGGAGAACCUCAGGAUGUGAUAGGAGCAUCUCAACAUACGGAUCCUGAGGCACCCAAGGAGGUUACUAAGCCCGUGGUUGGCACUCAGAUGCCUAAUGCUGAGGAGCCAGCCACACUUGCCCAGCCCCCACAGGCCAUUCCCCUUGCUGUGGCCCCCAAGAGUACCGAUACUGACCCUGUUCAGCCUUCCCCAGAAGGGACUAUCCUCCAGGGCGUCGAAGCUGAUUCCACUCUGCCUUCCCAAGACGUAGCCGACGCAAGACCAAAGAAGUAG